AUGGCUGAAGUGUUCAUUAGUGGGCAGAUAACAUCAGCCACGGGAUUUGGGGACAAUAGGCUGUCAGUAAGGUAUCAGGUUUGCGUUGGUAAGUGAUUUGCGCAUCAACAAGUUUGGAAUUUUCCGAUUUUAUUAGGAGGGGGUUGGCGUAUUGUACAUGGCGAUUCCGAGGGGCAAACUCAGACGGACUGUCCUACCGCGUUCGAACAUGCAUAUUUCGGUCACCCAGUUGAUUUACAUCUUGCUACUAGCACAAUCCAAGGUUUGAAAGUUCUGUAUUUUACCGUCAUCUUAAAUUUACCCGUUCGUUUAAGGCUGGCCAAGACUUCUUCUCCAAAUUUGGCAUCAUGAUGCUCAUGGACGUCAAGAGAUAGCUGGCUACGGUUCUUUGCUUCUGCCAUCUUCGCCAGGAAAACAAGAAUUGACCUCCUAUUGUUGGAGACCAAAGGGUAGCUGGAAGGAGGAAAUGAUGCAUAAACUGGUUGGCGGUGGCAUGCAAGUGAGUAAGCAAAUGAACGGCCGUUAAAGGUGUCGUGCAGUUAAAAAUGAACAUAUUUAAAAAAGAAAGAAGUUCGAAGCAGGGGAUUGAUGUUCCCAACGUCCCGCAUUUUGUCGAAUUGUGCUGAAUUUUCGAAAAACGCUAAAGAGACCACGAGAAGUACACGGUAGGUAGUUUUCUAACACCUGGCCGCCAAAUUUGAGAAAAAUUUCAAGAUUUUUCAUUUAUUUUCGGUAUCCCUCGUGACCAUCUAUAGAAAGACACGUUUCAGGCUAGAAGCAGAAUAGAAUUUCAGACAGAAUUAUCCUAGUGCCGCACGAAAAGUCGAUAAUCGCUUUACUUCUUCGUGGUCGAUUUGUUUAAUUCAGCAAACUUCGGGUUUUUUUUUGAGAAUUUGAGACAUCAGUGUUUACAAUAACAAAAAAGAUUAUAAAUGUUGAUUUUCCAGCUGAUCAACCUGAAAGCUCUGGAAGACCCUUCAAUUCGAGAGAAAAUCGUCAGUGUAUCAGUUGGAACUGUUCGUGUAAAUCUAAAUGUUAUCACAAAAAACUUUAAAAAGUAUGGAAUUAUGUCUUAAAAUAAAAUUUUCGUGAUAAAAGUGAGCACUUUGUCCCUUUUGUUCUCAUGAAAAACGAAGCGAAGAGGAUGGAUGACGAGCGGAGUAUCCGAUUUCAGAAGAGAUGAGAAUGAGAAACCCGCACAGGAAAAGGAAGAGUUGCUGACACCAACUUUUUGCACAUUAAUUCAGUUUUUUGUUCUUCAACUCAUUCUUGAAUGUUCAAUUCAGAAAUUCGUUUCGAGAACCCAAAUUUCAAGUAUUCUGAUAUUUUUUAAGAAUGUCAAACUAAUGGAAGAAAUCUCGCACGUUCAAUAUCAACAUUGACUAUCAACUCUAACAUUGAGCAUGGAUGCUGGGAAUGAUGAUAGGAUCCUUUAAAAAUUAAAAAUAGGAAAUUCAACGUUUAAGCAUCCGCCGGGGAGUUCUUCUUUUUCGCUGUCCCUGUGUGAUCCGCCGAGAGCAUGCGUUUCCCGACGUGAAAUCGCUUGUCUCUCCCGAUGUAAGGUUAGGCUAGUCGCCUGCUCCCGCCCGCCACCAAUCGAUAGUGCUUCCGAGAUGUCUGGUCCGUCUCUGAUCAACUUAUCUUUCACCUCUCUCACGAAAUAACACGAAAUUGAUUGUCCCUCUGUACCUUUGUUUGUUUAUUAAUCAUAGGCAAAUUUUGCAUAUUAUUUCGCAGUACUGUACCACGUGAAACUUCCGGAGAAGCGAUAUCAAAAGAAAUGCCAGUGAAAGUCCAGAAAAGCUAAAGAUCUUGCGCGACAGAUGGUCAUUAUGAACAUUUUUCUUUUGAUAGUCAGCACUAUAAAAUUCUGACUAUUCAUGCGAUUUUCGAGUCCCGAGCGGUAACAGUAUCUGUUCUCUCUUCUUCCAGCUUCAGUUUCUCCCCCUCUCUCUCUCUCUCUCUCUCCUCCUCCUCCCCCUCCUCCUCCUUUAACCUUUUGUAGAUGCCGCUCGACUUAGUGACUUUCCAGAAAGUACACAGCACACAGAAGUGUUCUAGAGGAAUGAGCAAUCACGAACAAACGGACCUCGUCAAGGUUCGUACUCUAAAACGCCUUCGCUGUGUGCAACUGUGUACAGUGACUCUUUGAAGAUAAAGCAGGAGCCGCUCAAUGAGUCAGCGGCCGAAUCGGCAAGGCACAGCAUAGAGGUUCUUCUGGACAUGAGUGAGUUAUUUUUCUUAUUUUCUUCUUUGGGCACCUGACCAUCUAGUAUGACUUACUAUCGUGUUAGUGGCAGACGGCUGUGCAAAUUAUAGUGCAAAGUGUAAUUCACCUGCUUUCACUCUUUCAUCGUUUGCGUUCAUUUUAUUUUUAAUCGCGGUUUUCACGUGCUGUUAGUGAAACGAACUUGAUCUCGGAAAAAUCUGAUAAGAGUGAAUCUUUUUUGACGGCACUUCUCCCCUUCCGAACAAAAUGGUGAUUUGAUGAAAAAUGGUGUGUGUUUGGCUUUUCGAUUCCGUCGUCCUACCACUUCUCUCGUUUCUUUCAUUUUGGGUGAAAUGCUUUCUUUUGUGUUGCCGCUUCCUUCUAUAAUUACCCUUUCCUACCGCUAAGAGCUGAGAUGAUAAUCCGCUUCACACCCAAUCCGUUUCUUUUGUAUACAUUGUCACAUAUGGCUCCCAUUAGUAAGUGCCACUAAGGUAUCCAGCUUUGUGUGGGCAACUAGCAACAUUUUGUUUAGGUUUGUAGACGCGAAGUUAAACCAGCUGGGUUAGAGGAGCUGAAUGAGAACAUAUGAAUAUUUUCGGAGAAUAAGGAACUCUACAGUAUCCAGAAAGUGAAUUCUCGUCACAUAAAUUAUGUAUUCAUUUUCUUCCUGAGAGUGACCUCUCAAUUGCACUUGCCGAACUACGAGUAACCACAAAUCGCGAUCUUCAUUCUCCAGUGUUUCAAAUGAAAUUAAUAUUUCAUAUAUCUUAUGUCUUCCUUAUGCCAGUAGUACUGAAGAGGUCGUCCUCCUUCUCAAGUCAAGAGCGCUUUCGGUAUUUUGUUUGUCGGCAAUGCUCUCGAAUUGUCGGGGCGUUUCACGCAGCAGUGAUCCGUCAAAUUCGAUGACAAUAAUCCGCAAGUUCAGCUGCAGCUUAGGAAAUCAGAUGAAAAGAGGACCAUAGUGAAAAACAAUACACAGAUGUUAACAAAAGCGUGAUACCAUCUCGUUUCAAUAUGUUGAGAAACAAUUGAAAGUAGGAUAAAUGUUAUUAUAUCUCUACAGUUUUUUGUGGAUAUGUCAGAUCCGAUAAGAAAAGGUCGAGUUACUGUCGGGCGGAGGAUAUCCAUAAAAAAGGUGCGACUGAUUGUAAUCUAGGUAUUGCGGAGGAGAACGCAUAGGGUGUCAUAAUCAUUACUUUUUCCUUUCUCUUCUUUGAACGUCACCACCUCCCCUUCGACAAAAUCACCUUUGAGGUUCCCAUUGGCGGGAGGCUCCUGACAUGAUACACGGACAUAUUUACUACACACAUGUUGCGCGAUCGGUCCGCAAAAGCAUUAGAACGGCAGCCUGUCUGCCUGUUGUGCCGAUCAUAAACGUUCUGAUGAUUAGAUGACAGUUACUACAACAUAAUGUAACAUAUGCUUCUUUGAACCGGCGCCGACCUCUCCGGCUACAUUUGUUCACAGGUCUCCUCGUUGUCAUCAUCUCAAUGGUGGUCAACCACCGUAUUUAUAGUUCUUAGAGAAAAGCCCAGAUCUCACAGACCUCUAGUACGUCUCUCUUUUCUUUUUCGGUCCAUUUUAAUCUUACCCGGAAUCAAAGCGGAAGCGCGAGAAAGAUCGUCGUCCCCCCGACACUGACAGUACACAAAAAACGGAACACGCGUCUUAUCUCGGCAAUGAAACAAAUCAUCCCACCUCUCGUCGCACGGGUCUCUUUCACCAACUUCUCGAAACUUUCCGACCCCCAAGUGUGUACAGAAGAGGUUUUUAGUAAAGAUUGGAGUGCGAAUUCGGAAGACUCGAAGGAAACAUACGCGCUUCUUACUCACGCAAGAAUUCUGUUUUCCAUUUCACACCUUAUCGAGAUAAUUGUGUGUGACUGCGUCACGGAAAAGACUUCCAGCGGAGACCGCUAAAAGUCGGUGACUUCCAUAUAGAAUAAUUGAAGGGUUUUGACGGUUCGGGCGUAUGAAAGAGAGGGUACAAAGGAUGAGGCCACCUUGGGGGAUUAACUGUUUUGCCCCAUAGUGUUGAGGAUUAUUAUUUGAGACGUCCACUAAAUACAUUAGUAAAUGUAUUGUGACAAGGAGGUCGCGGAUUUAAGCAGAUUGAAUAUUAAUAGUCACUUGGAAGGACAAUAGAAUUGACCCAAAUUCACAUGAUAUGCUUCUUCCGAUAAAAGAUGGAGCACUUUAAACCACAAAUACCACCGAGUAGGCGAUGGAGUAGGCCGUUGGCCAAAUCAAUCAUGGCGUCUCUCGCUUCUCAGCGCCCUCCACACGAUGAUCUUCUUCACUUUGCUAUCCGCUACCGUCUUUGUUUAAUUCAUCACCAUACUUUUCUGUCGACCAACGCUCCUCGUUGUCCGUCUUCCGCAUCCUCCUUUGCAAUGUGAAACACCAAGUCAGUUUAACUAGCCAUCUUCCCGGAAGUGAAUCAUCGAAUGAAAUGCGAUGUUUCAAACGAACCAUAUCUUCUCGAGAAAAAAGCCGGAAAAGGGUUGGAUUAGUCAAAUGUAAAAUCCGUUCUCUUUUUCGUUUUGUGUGAAAACAAAGAGUAGUGGAGGCUGAUGACCAUAAGCCGAUAUGAAUGACAGGCUCCCCGUGGUGGAAUGUUCGUAAAAAGUGUGACCCUCACAAUCUUUUUACGACAGACGUGUCCGGGCUCAAGUCUUAGAACACCCGGGUGACGCGUGAUUUAUUUAUGACCCAACAAUAUUUGCAUAUCGCAUUGUGAUAUAGUGGAUGAUAGGUCCGCUCGUCCAAAAUCUGAUUACUGUGCGAUUGCAUUGCUUCCAGCAGGUAUUUGAUUUCACCAUUUCGAAGCUUUCUCAUUUUGAGUUGAAACUCUGAAACAAGGUCAUCACUAUUUAUGGUGUUUACCUAAAAAGUAUAUGCUCUUUGUAAUCCAAUUAACCGAUAUAGAACGGAUGUUUGCCGCCGCCUCCACCCUUCUUCUGUCAUCAUUUGCCCUCUGUAUCAAUCGAAAACAUCUUUCUUUUGCCUCCCCUCUUUCUACGAACCGUGCCGCCGUUCCGGACACUCCUGCCGCUUUUCGAUCCAUCAUUCUUGCUGUCGUUACCGUAAUCUGAUUCCACCGUCACCCUCAGCACUUCUUAUUCUUCCUCUUCAGAAGAACACUCUCAUCCGGCCUCCCCGUCUCGGAGUCUCCACCCCCUUCCUACGCAUUCUUGAAGCACGUGUUGUUGCCUAGUGUACCAUCGCACUCGACCGAUUCCGUUCAACAUUUUUUCUGAAGACUAUAAUUUCAACCUCACAACAGAAUUCCUUCUCCAUAUUGUUUUCUGUUCGUUCAAUUCAAAUCCCUCUCUUCAUGGAAUUCCCAUCAUUAUUUUGGUGUGCCCCAUUUGGUGUCAAUUGAUUGUCCUAUAUGUGUCUACGACCGUUUUGUCGCAAUUUGUCUUCUUGUAUCCGUUCCUCGCCAUGGCCUACGGGAUAUGCGGAGGGUAACCCGCCAAUCCCUUUUAACUUUUUGCAAGGUAAAUCAUUCAAAUUUUCUCACAAAAAUUUAGCCCAUUGGUCCUGGUACCAUCGAGAUGACCCACCUCACAUAAUGGGACUCUUUGGAUGAUCCUCAGGGUCUAGGUAUCUCCAAAGUUCCCUAUCACACUGUUCCAAGUUCCUCUCCUCACCACCGCUUGUUUUCUAUUCGACUUCAAGGUUAUGAUUCAUCUUACCACGAAUCCGACAAUUGCACCAUUAGCCACAUCGUCUUUUGAACUUGCCGGUAACAUAACUUUUGGAGAAGGAUUCGGCUACGCUUCAAUUAUAAAUCGUUCCUUCACGAUUGCCGCUGUCAAAAACACGGUUCAUAGCCUUUCGAGCUUACCGAAUUGAACCGUCAUGGCCUCGAUUACUGUCGAGUAAGUGAAUAUCUAGAUCCGUCAACAGUGGUAGUAAUAACAAUAAUAGUAAUGACUUUCGAGAAACUUAGAGGUAACACUUGUUCUCACCCACCCGUUUUUCAACUCCUCCCGGAGGUUGUUUUGCGUCAAGUAGCCGCAAUUAGGUUGCCCCCCCCCUUUUCCUUUCCUCCUUGUCAUGCUGAUGAUGAUGAUGAUGGUAGAGAAAAAAAGACUACUGGUCACACUGUGAAAAAGUCAAUUAGACAACAUUUUUAAACUUCUGAUUCAAGAUCAUCAUCAUCAUUCUUCAUAACUCUUCACUGGUUUGUCUCUCUGUUUGUUUGUUUGUUAAUUUCUCCGUUUAUCCGUCCCCACUUCAUUUCUAAACGAAAAAAUUGUGACGGAGAAAUUGAGAAAUGAACACAUGCACUUUCGAACGGUUAUAAGAAAGACACAAGCGGCGUAGCCGCCUUCGAGCGUCAGCCCAGCCCGCGCAGCGGACCCCGGUUUUAAAGGUCUUGUUUUUAUUAAGAUAACUCUUGGGGCGUUUGUCCCUCUGUUUGUUUGCUUGUUUAUUUAUUUCUCCGCUUGUCCGUCCCUACUUUCAUUUAUAAAAUCGUUUCAUUUCUGAAAAAGUUGUGACGGAAAACUUGAGAAAAAACACGUAAACUUUCAAACUGUUAUGAGAAACAAACAAGCGUAAGCUCGGACCGGGUCCAGUUUUAUAAAGAAUUGUAGUCUAAUAAAGUUUGAAUUAUUUGCCCUGAGCACUAUGAACUUUUGAAAAGAAAGAAAGGGAGACUAUUGAGUUUCAAGUUUUUUUUAAGUGACUACGUGUUAUUCUCUCUCUCUCUCUCUCUCUCUCUCUCUCUCUCUCUCUCUCUCUCUCUCUCUCUCUUUCUUUUUAAGUGGACGAACAGACCGCAAUAAUGAAUUUGUUCAGUCAAUUCUGACGGUCUCAUCAUUCUGAAAUGUACAGAACUUCGCGUGACUUAUACGAAUUCAUCUUUACCGUUCAAUUCUUACUAUUAUUUAGCCCUGAUGUCUGCGUGUCUGACAGUUACGUAGUUUGCAGCAUUUUUUAAAUUCCUUCUAGGCCAAUCGGCACCCAUUUUUAGGAACCUUUCUAUCUCAUCCGAGAAUGCUUUAACUUUUCACAUAUAUCCCUACACACCCAGAAGGUUGACAACGGCCGGUUGAAAGCUUCGCUCAUUCCUUGGAGUUGAUGUGUCAGUAGAUCCACGUUAAAAUGCGCUCUUUGUUCGUUUGUUCCACUGUAUUCCGUGAUGUUUCCGCUAUGAAAACGAUAAAACUGCUCAUUAUCGCUUCCUUCUCAACCCUUCCAUGCAAUCCGCUCAUUUAUUUUUUAUCGGCGCGUUGGGCGCAACAAGAUUCGUUCUCUCCCUUCCUCUUCUUCUUUCUUGAAAAAAAAACCAAACCGAUGAUUGACCAGAAGUUUAGAGAAGAGUCUCCCUAAAUUUAAAACAUGUGGCCACGGCCAUCCAUAUGCCUCAAUAUAUCAAUUGCCACUCCGGGUGGAAGGUCUGUAGUGGGUUCCACUAACUCUUUUGACUCUGCCGCUUACCUCAAUCUGCACUUAUCUAUCAUUUUUUUAUGUGUUUUUUUAUUAGGUGGGCACGGGAGGUGAGGGGGCAGAAAGGAGACACAUUAUUUGGACUUCUUAGCUUGGGCGAUGUAUUUCAUCGGCUGAAUAUCCGCGCUAGUAGUAAUCAUCAAAACACACUUAAAAAGAGACACCCAUUCGCAUUGUUGAACAUCGCAAGAAUUAAUUUUCUUUCGUUCUUCAUUGUUUCAGCUUUUUUGUUAUCGCUGAGCUUGUAAAUUUUCAGACAACGACUAUAUACUAGCUAGCAUGACAUCAACGCCCGGAAACAGUUUUCUUAUCAGUUCACUCUUUUUCCUUUUUAUGAAAUUCGUUUUGCUGUCGAGACUGAACUCCCGAGAAAUCGGUUCGAACUGAGAUCAAACAAACGGUGAAGAGUUCGUCUGAGUUCCGAUCAUCUUCCCUAUUAGCAUAAGUAUUUGUCUUUUGUAAAGCGGGAGACAACGGAGCACACACAUUGAACAGUGUUUUCUUGAUAUACUUACAGAUUGCUGAGGAGAUUGUUAAUCAUUCCUUGAAAAGUAUUCGUGGUAAGAAUUGAAAGUCAUGCGAUCACAGUUGAUAGGAACUGAGAGCGGGACAGAAAAAAACCAGUUUUUGACUAGCGAUCAUACAUAAACACCUUAUCAAUUACACUCCGUCUUCCCUUCUUUUCUUCUCAGUGUCCUAUCGCUUUUGGACACCCAUCACCACCGGCAAAUUUUUGGUGACAGAGUGAAAUGAGUCAUGAAUUUGAAAGACACACUCUCUGGUUACUUUUUGUGCAGCGGUCCCGGAGAUGAGAUUCAUUUGGCUCAAUGUUCCAAUUGAACAACGUCUUAUUAUUUGAUGAUGACAGUCUGUGUUGUAUAGAAGUGCCCGAGAGUUGUCUAUGACUCACUUAUAGCACAUUCGCCGCUUUUUGCGGUACAUUGGUUUUGAUGUUUUUCUUCUUCAACAAGACUCAUUCCUUAUUCACUCAUACCUACUUAGCUAAAUUCUGUAUGUCUGUGUAGACCCCAAAUUGUCGUAAAAUCAGUGAACUUGAAAAAUCCUUUUUAUCACAAUCCUCUCUCACCUGUCCAUCCAAUCAAUGAAUUUCCGUUUAACCUGUUGUCCUCCAUCUUUUCUUUCUUCUUCAUCGCCUUGUAUUUCUCUUCUCCGUCCGUUCUACGCGGCUUCCCUUCUUCCCUUUUCUCCUCGUAAUCAAAGAGAUAAUCGAUCAGUUCUUACCGUGCCCCCCCCCUCCCUUCUCUCUAAAAAUUUGCUCUUCUUUCAGAGAAAGAGAUGAACGUCUCGGAUCUGAUGAGUCGCUCGCCUGGGCCACCUGCAUCGGGUCUGCCCUCAUCAGACUCCAAUAUUACACUGUGGCAGUUCCUGCUCGAACUACUUCAGCAAGACCAAAAUGGCGAUAUUAUCGAAUGGACAAGAGGAGCGGAGGGCGAAUUCCGUCUGAUCGAUGCAGAAGCAGUAGCGAGGAAGUGGGGACAACGGAAAGCGAAACCCAAUAUGAACUACGAUAAGCUGUCAAGAGCCCUCAGAUACUAUUAUGAGAAAAACAUCAUCAAAAAGGUUAUUGGUAAGAAGUUCGUGUACCGGUUCGUCACGGAUCCUCAGGCUGUUCCCGAAUAUCAGCAUCUCAAGUUUUGCAAUGCGAAAGACGAGAAGGACAUUCCUCAUGGUUUUUGCUCUAUCUUCGAAUUGCUCUGCUUAUACGUGUUUUCAGAUAUUUCUUCCUUUCUGCCACCCAUUCAGAAGACUGAUUUUUCCGCUCUCAGUCUCAUGAACACCGAGUCAACGACUGCAACACAUAGUGUUAGCACUCCAAGCCCAACUGACAGGUUUCUUUGUAUACAAGCUUUCUGUCACAAGUCAAUUUCAGUGUAUGCUCUCCUUCUAGCAGUCUCGGUUCAGCUACCACCGUCAAUCAAUCCGUUUCACCGGCCCCGUCCUCAUCCUCUCCACUGGAGGAUACUACGCUUUCCUCUCGUCAUGCUAGAAAACGAUCCCUCUCCCCCUCAUUCUCAUCUUCGGGUUCAGUAACGACGUCAGCUCCCACAACUACACAUUCUGUCGCGUCUUCAACAAAAUUCGAUUCUCAGCCACCACCAGUCAAGAAAGGAGUUAAGCCGAACCCACUGAACCUCACGGCCACUUCCAACUUUGCGUUCCCACCGAUUUCGCCUGUUUUGAUUCCUCUUCAUCAAAACUCUCCGAAUUUAUUCCAAUCUUCUCUCGGCCAACUCUAUGCAAUCGCUUCGGCAUCUCUUGCUUCUGCGGGACUUUAUGGACCACAAAUGUCACCUCUCUUAACACAAUCACCCUUCCGCUCGCCACUGACAACUCCAAAGAAUCUUGUUGGCACAGGAGCUGAUGGAUCUACAACCAGGACUCCUAAUACUGAAGUUCAGGUUAGCGAAUUAUUUUCUUUCAAGAACGACUCAUAUCUGUUUUUGCAGGUGUUCCAAUUCCCGCCUGUGUCGGCACUACAAAGCAAUGCAAUGAUGAACACCUUCACCAACCUAAUCAGCCCAAUCGCCCCAUUUAUGAUGUCGUCCCAGUCUAGUACCUCCUUCAAAUUUCCAUCUUCCACCGACUCGUUGAAAACACCAACAGUUCCUAUUAAAAUGCCAACUUUGUAG